GAUGUCUUUUAUGCAAGAGAAAAGUGGAUGGAAACAACUUAGAUGAACACAUUCUGGGAAAAAAACAUCAAAAAAAUUUAGAUGAUAUAUUGAAAAUUACUGCGUUGGAUAGUUUUCAUGCUGGAUGGUCCAAUAUUCCAAUCUCGUUGCGACUAACUAAUGAAAUUCAUUUUUUACCUCAUUCAGAAAACGAAAUCGAAUGUUGUAUUUGUAAUAAAAAUAUUAAUUAUCGAGAACUUAUAGCUCAUGUAGAAACACAUCAGGGAAUGUCUGGUGAAUUUAUACUGUCAGAAAUGGUUUCAAACAACCUGGCAGAUGAAGGAUUGUUAAAUAGUAGAUCUGGACUGAUUAAUCAAGAAAUAGAAGAAGCCGCCCACUUGAAUCAGUUUGAAUGCGAUGUUUGCAAAAUUUUUAUCACUUGUUCAUCCGACGAAUUUCGAAAACAUUUCACUGAAAAAGAUCACUUACAAAAUGUAUACAAAUUAUACCAAAACCAAGCAAAAUCUGUGAAAGGAAAAGCAACUGACAAUCAAAUAGAGUGUGCUGUUUGUAAAAUAUACGUUUUGGAGGCCAAAUUUCAAGCACAUAUUAAAGGAAAAAAUCAUCAAAGCAAAUUGAAACGAGUCGAAAAAAUAAAACUUAAUCAAGUAAAACAUCCAUUAAAAAAAGAUUCAGAAUUGUUAUUUGAAAAAGUGAAAACAAAUCAAACUAAAUGUGAAAUCUGCAAGAUUAUAAUUCGUAAUGACCUAUUACUGAGUCAUAUUCACGGAAAAAAACAUAAAAACAACUUGAUAGAAUGGAAUUUAAAUUUACCGCCGGAUGAAAAAUCUGAUCAGAAUCAAAUGGACGAUGAUAUUAGCGAAAUUCCAUGCAAGCGUCGCAGAUUACAGGAAGAUAUUAAUGAAGAACACUAUCAAAGAACGAAACCAGUAAAAAAUAGAUUACAGGAACAAUUACAUUCACAAUCGAUAGAAGAAUCAAAUGAUAAUCAAAAUCAGUGUAAAGAGACCGAAAACGAUCCACAUGAUCAUAUAAACAGUCAUGAAUCAAAUCUGUUUCAGGAAUAUUUAAAACCAUUCGAACAAAUAUGUGACAAUCAAAUUCAGUGUAACAUUUGUCAAGUUAUUAUUCCACGAAACUUGAACUAUGAAGCACACCAAAAUGCAACAGCUCAUCAAGCAAAUGCAUAUCAACUUAGUAAUCUAAAAGUUAAGCAAAAAACACGCAUUCAAAAUCAAGUUUAUUGUGUUAUUUGCAAGCAACCCCCAAAAGAUUCAAAUCGUCUAAAAGAUCAUGUUCAUGGGACGAACCAUCGAAAUAAAUUAAUAGAUAUAAAUGUUUUUCUAUUACAAUAUGUAAAACAAACAAUUGACAUCCCAGUGCAAUUGGAGGAGGAUUUAAUUUCUAAUAAUAUGAACGUAAGUCCAAUAAACCCUAGGGUUUAUUUAACAGAUGCCUAUACCUUGUACUUAACUAAAGAUGAUAUUCCACGACCGUUGACUAUACAAAAAAUUUCGCCGGAAUAUUUUAAAUGUUUAGUAUGUAAAAUAUUAUUUUUGGAAAAUAGCUUAUUAAAUGAUCAUGUUGUAAGCGAUACACAUCAACGUAAUUAUAAUGAUAAAUAUAAACAAUUAGCUCUCAUUAGUUUUCAUACAAUAUGGCGAUCAGUUCCUCCGAUUAUUCAAGGUCAACAGAUUUUUUUUUAUCCACAUGAUAGAAAAAAUAUUUAUUGUAUAUUAUGUUCGUUAACUCUUGAUUGUGUGUUUAUUAAAUCACAUUGUAAAAAUAAAGUACAUGUACAAGGUGUUAAAGAUGGUGGCCAUUUAUGGAGCGAAAUCGAUGAAAGCUUAUACCACAAAAUAUCUGCUCAAUAUAAAUAAUUAUAUUUGUUUUAAGUCUGUUCUAUACACAUUUUUUAUUAGCGUGAAAUCAUUCUUUGAUUG